AGCGCCGGGCGGGGGGGGGGGAAAGAACUACAAUCCCCAGCAUGCCUCGCGGGGUAAAGGGCCUGGCGCAUGCGCACUGCGCGUAGGGAGAGCAGCGGCGAGGGGCUGAUGGCGGAGGUGUUUGCAAACAGCCGGGGAGCCGCGGCGCGCGGGCCACAGGUGUACCUGCUGGAGUUGGCCAGGGCUCAGAAGCAUGCAGAAAACGCCCAAGAGGAACAAGCAGCCCUUGCCCUGCGGGGAGCCGGCCAGCCUUCCUCCUGACAAGAGGAAAAGGGAAAGCCCCGAGGACUUCGUAGCCCUUCUGCCCCCCGAGGUCAGCUUGCAGAUCUUUGGUGAGCUUGAUAUCCGCAGCCUGUGCAACGCCGCAAUGACAUGCAGGAGCUGGAAUCACGCCAUUGACAAUAAUGACUGCUUGUGGAAAAAUCACUGCUUGACUGUGCGAGCUGUCUGUCAGCGAGAGAUCGAUUGCGAUCGAGGCAAUGGAUACUCGUGGAAGAUCACAUUACUAAGAAACUACUGGAAAAGCAAAGUAAAGCAAGAAUGGCUGAGUGGGAAAUACAGUAACAUUCACUCGCAAAACAACUUGCCAGAGAAAAGCAUGUAUCCGAUGGAUGUUGACACAUGGGGAGAAAUCCUGGAAGCAGAACUAGAGAGAUGAGAAACCAGUACAGCUUCUUGCAACUCAAGAACCUUACGUCAACAGCUCAUGGACAGCCAAACUGUAAAUAUUUUGACAUUUAGAUUAGUUGUGUUUGCAAGCAUGUGAUGAAAACUCUGAAGAAAAAGAGAGAUACUUUUAUUUGCACUUUAUUAGACUGAGUGAUACAAAAAGUAAAAUUCGAAAUAAGACUAAGUAUUCAGUCGUAAUUUUAUGUUUGUAAAUUUUAUAUUCUGCUGUAUUGUUGAAAAUGUUGAAUGUACUUUCAGUUUGCACUUCUUUUGGAAAAAAACGUUUUUUAAAAAAA